GGGCUGGGAGGAACGGCCAGAGCAAAGAAGCUAGUCUACUCUAGCAUAAUUGGGGACAUGACAAGUGGAUCUUACUUUUAAUACGAGACAUUCAUUCUGUCCUGUUACACUGGUCUCUUCAAGCUCUUCAGAUCCAGACAGGGAAGCGAAAGUAUUACAGAGGAACAAUUAUUCCAAUGGGGGUUGACGGCUAUUCAUCUGUACCCUUAUCAGAUAGAAGGUGUAAAUUGGAUGAUAAGGUGCUAUGAAACUGGGCAUGGCUGUAUUCUAGGUGAUGAAAUGGGACUGGGGAAGACUUGUCAGACUAUUUGUCUGCUUGUUUUUUUGAGUGCGAAGCUUCAUAGGAGACCUUUUGUGAUCAUUUGCCCUCUCUCUGUGUUAAAUAACUGGAGAGAUGAAUUAAAAAGGUUUUCUCCAAGCCUUUCCACUGUGAUAUAUUCAGGAGGCAAAGAAGAAAGAGCUGAACUACAACAGGAUUUGAAAUCAAAUCAUGGUUUCCACAUUUUGCUGACUACUUAUGAGAUGUGCCUCAAAGAUGCAGCUUUUCUAAAACGUUUUAACUGGACUUGUCUUGUUGUGGAUGAAGCUCAGAGACUGAAGAAUCAGGAUUCAUUGCUUCAUAAAACGCUAACUGAGUAUUCAACAGAUUUCCGUCUCCUGCUGACUGGUACUCCAAUUCAGAACAAUCUUCAAGAGUUAUAUUCCAUGCUUGCUUUUAUUGAACCAGUUAUAUUUCCCAAGGAACUGGCGGAUGAAUUUGUUUGCUACUACCAUGACAUUGAAAAAGACACAGAAACAGUCAAAGAACUUCACAGUCUGUUGCAGCCUUUGUUGCUCAGGAGAGUGAAAGCAGAAGUUUCAGAAGAAAUUCCAAAGAAGGUAGAAGUGGUUCUCUACCAUGGAAUGUCAGCAUUGCAGAAAAAACUUUAUAAGGCUCUUCUCGUGAAAGACCUAGAUGCAUUUGAAAAUGAGUCGGGAAAGAAAGCUAACCUCCAAAAUGUGUUGAUUCAACUACGGAAAUGUGUAGCUCACCCAUAUCUAUUCAUUGGUGUUGAACCAGAGCCCUUCGUCAUUGGAGAUCAUCUCAUUGAAGCCAGUGGUAAACUGAACUUGUUGGAUAAACUUCUUUCUUUCCUGUAUGAUGGCAAGCAUCGUGUUCUGUUGUUUUCACAAAUGACCCAAAUGUUAGAUAUUCUGCAAGAUUACAUGGAUUAUAGAGGUUACAGCUAUGAGCGCCUGGAUGGAUCUGUCCGAGGUGAAGAGAGACAUCUUGCCAUUAAUAACUUUGCUCAGCAGCCUAUUUUUGUUUUCCUUCUGAGUACCAAGGCAGGUGGAGUUGGUAUCAAUCUUACAGCAGCAGAUACAGUUAUUUUUGUUGACAGUGAUUUUAAUCCACAAAAUGAUGUGCAAGCAGCAGCCAGAGCCCAUAGGAUUGGCCAGAAGAAACCAGUAAAAAUCAUCCGCUUGAUUGGGAGAGACACUGUAGAAGAAAUUAUCUACCGACGAGCAAUAUCAAAACUCCAAUUAACUAAUACUGUUAUUGAAGGGGGGCAGUUUGCACUUGGAGCACACAAAACUCUGGAUAUAUUAGAUGUUCAGCUAAAUGAAAUCCUGAAGUUUGGUUUGGACAAAUUGUUGUCAUCAGAAAAGAGUACUGUCUGUGAUAUAGACUUGAGAACUAUCCUUGGGGAAACCAAGGGAGGAAUAUGGUCCACGGAUCCAGUGCAAUCAAUCACAGAAAUAAAUGAAGAGCAUACUUUGGAAAGCCACAUGUACAUAUUUGAGGGCAAAGACUAUUCCAAGGAAACUUGCCAAGGGGACAAGAAGGCAUAUGAUCAUUUGCUAGAACAUCAGAAAGCUCUCCUUAAAGAUCUCAGUCAAGGAGGAAGAAUUCUCCGAAAUAAAGAAAAUGUUCUUCUAAUGACCGCUGAUAUGGGACCUAGUAAAAAAAGGCGUAAACUGAGCCCAGAAGAGCUGGGAGUUCAGCAGAAAAAAUUGCAGGAAGCAGCAGCAAAGAGGGCAAGGCUCAGAGAAGAAAAGAGACAGAAGGCGGCAGAGACUGAACUGCAGAAAAAGAUAGCCUUGUGGGAAGCUAAUCACUAUCAGUCUUGCUGCCUUGAGUCAGAAGAAAGCAGUGAAGAAGAAGACAAAGAAGAAGAAAAAAGUCUAUUGGAUUUAGAAUAUACAGACUCUGAGCAGACAUCUAUAAAGUAUAUUAUGGGUGAUGUUACCCAUCCCAUAGUAGGAGAUGAGGAUGCCAUAAUUGUUCACUGUGUAGAUGAUUCUGGCCACUGGGGAAAAGGUGGCUUAUUCACAGCUCUCGGGAAUCGUUCUGAUCAACCAAAGAAAAUAUAUGAACUAGCAGGAAAGAUGAAAGACCUAACAUUAGGAGGAACUCUUUUAUUCUGCAUUGAUGAUAAGGAAUCCAGGAAUAAAGGAACAGAUUUGCUGGCUCUUAUUGUAGCACAGCACCGGGACCAUUCAAACAACUUGUCUGGAAUUAAGCUUCCUGCAUUAGAAAAAGGAUUAAAGAAAAUUUAUCAAGAAGCCAAGAAAAGAAACGCAAGCAUUCAUCUUCCUCGCAUUGGAUAUUCAACCAAAUGCUUUAAUUGGUAUGGAACAGAACGCCUCAUUCGCAAAUACUUGGGAUCCAGAGGAAUUCCCACAUUUAUAUACUACUUUCCAAGAAUUAAAGCAUCAUCAUCUUCAAAAGAAUCCACAACAGCAAUACUACAAUCUUAAAGUUUUUCAGCUAUUAAGCAGAAACUGACAUUUUCAGUGGAUAAACUGAAUUAAAUAUUCACUUUUAUUAGUUUUCUUAAAUUUUGUUUUUCAUUAGAAUUGUAUUUUAUAGUUCUGGGUACUUUCUAUAUUAAUGGGGAAAAUUAUGCUUUAGAAAAAAUAUCCAAAGCUACAGAGAUAAUCUGAAAAAAUGAAGAGUUAAGUGAAAUUUGAUAAAAAGAGUGAUUGCACAAUAAAAGAAUUAUCUGAAACCAAUGUAGAAUUAGUAUUUGGGUGAUUUGCUGGAGCUUUAAGUUUACUGUUCAAGUGUGUGUGUGACUGUUACUUCAGGGAUUUUUAAAGGUCUAGCUCAUUUGAAAUGAAGAGUAUAUAUUUAAAGUAUUUUAAAUAAACAAUAUACAUCAGGGUAGUCAACCUUUUUAUACCUACUGCCCACUUUUGUAUCUCUGUUAGUAGUAAAAUUUUCUAACCGCCCACCGAUUUCACAGUAAUGCGCCAUGUAUCUUCAUCUGCAUUCCUCUCCUGCAUCGUGGAUUGGGUUUGGGGGGGGGUGGGCGCCGGAUACCAGCUCUGCUUGUCGGUUACAGCUGGGUGUUGGGGCAGAUAUGCGAGCUAUUCUGGGACGGGGCUCUUGUUCACGGUCACACUAUAGCGCCAUUUAGUUUCACUUACGUAACGUGAACUAAACUUAUGCACGGGUGAUACAAAUAGUAUAUUUUCAGAAAUUUAAAUUGUCAUGGGGAAUUUUAUGAAAACCUAAUGAAAAUGUUUUUAAAUAAUGCUAUGAAAUUUUUUUAAAAAGGCAAUUAAAUUAAAAAACAGGAAAGUGCUUCAGUAUCGGACAAAACCCCUACCACCCACCAUGAAAGCUGGAACGCCCACUAGUGGGCGGUAGGGACCAGGUUGACUGCCACUGAUAUACAUUGUCAUAGAUUACAACUGUAUUAGGAAUGACAGUGUUGUAGUUUACAAGCAUUAUUCUUUCUGAAGGCUAAUUAAAAUGCUGUGGACCCACAGCUGUUUCAAUAUUCAUAAGCACCUACCAGUUAAAUGAUGCCAAUUAUGUGGAUUUUUACACACAGCAAAAAAACAAUAAAUGGUGAUCCAUUUUGUUUGCAUCCAAAAUUACUAAGCAGUAGCUUAUUCAUCUAUUCACUGAAGAAAGCACUAAUAGCGAAGGUUUUAAUUAUUCCACAUGAAUCCAGAUAUCUAUUUAGAAAGUAUGAGUUUAUUUUUUUAUUUUUUAUUUUACCUUGGGAAAUACAUCUUUUUUUUAAAAAAAAUAUUUAUACUUUUUCUUUAAUAUCCAUAGGUGCUUGGUGAACAGUGUAUUGUCCGGGUCAAUUUACUUUAUACAUAAUAUUACUAAUGAUACUAUUUACAC